UUUUUUUUUUGGGGGGCGAUCCCUUCACACGGGACCAUGGAGUGAUACAACAGGGGGGGGAAUAGGACGAAUUCAGCCGGAGGAGGCAUUUGGAUUCAAGCGCGGCGGCCGCACCGACUGGGUCUUGACGCUCCCCCCGCCCCCCCCCCCGGUCAGUGUGGUACCGAGUUUAACGUCCGAACCGGGGGUUUACCUUCCCCCCCGAAACUGGGAGAGCCUCGGGGACCCCUGACGCUGCUCGUCUGGGGGGAGAGAGAGAGAAAGAGUUCCCAGACGGCUGUCGGACAGUUUGUUUUUUCUCCCCCGGUUGAAGAGCUCCAUACAGGCUGCCUGGAUGAGGGCGACGAGACACGCCGGCGAAGAGAGCCGCCGCUUGUGAUUGUGUCCGAGUGGGUCCGGGCAGCACGGAAGCUUUUUAUUUUUUAUAUUUAUAUUAUUAGGCAACUCAAUCUCGCCGUAGGCGCCCGUGCGAUAUGGUGAAACUCUACAGAAGAGGGAGAACGGGACAGUACUUUUAACACACACACACACACACACACACACACACACCACAAAUCGCCCACAUGCACUGGAUCAAUUGCUGGAUUUGGGAACCGAAUACGCAGACGGGGGUUUGGGGAUCAGUGGAGGCUGCCGGAGGAUGGAGCGGUGUAGCCGGGGUUGGUGAGAGCCUCACUUCGGGCCACUUUGCUGUUUUUAUUCCCAAACAACUUGCCCCCGUCGCCAGGACACAUGCAGGCCAAAAAACGCUACCUGAUCCUGCUCUCCGCCGGCGCAUGUCUGCUGCUUCUCUCCUACCUCGGAGGGGUCCAACUUCCAGCGGCGAGCAGGAGCCGGCAUGACCGCAGCCGGACCGGGUACCGACCCGACCAGCCCUGGCCGCACUUCUCGGACCCGUUACACCUUUUCUCGCCCGUGGGCCAUACGGACACGGAGGAGUACAACCUGCACAUAUCGCCGCGGCAGAAGAGGGACGGCACCGCGAGCGUCUACAAGGGCAAGCGGUGCCGCGUGGACUCCUGCUUCGACUUCGCUCCGUGCCAACGGAACGGAUUCAAAGUGUACGUGUACCCGCAGCAGAAGGGGGAGAAGAUCUCCGAGAGCUACCAGAACAUCUUGUCGACCAUCGAGGGCUCCAGGUUUUACACCUCGGACCCCGGGCAGGCGUGUCUGUUCAUCCUGAGUCUGGACACUCUGGACCGGGACCAGCUGUCCCCGCAGUACGUCCACAACCUGAAGACCAAGGUGCAGAGCCUGCCCCUGUGGAACGACGGGAGGAACCACCUCAUAUUCAACCUGUACUCGGGGACGUGGCCGGACUACACGGAAGACCUGGGCUUCGACAUCGGCCAGGCCAUGUUGGCCAAGGCCAGCAUCAGCACCGAAAACUUCCGGCCCAACUUCGACGUGUCCAUCCCGCUGUUCUCCAAGGAGCACGCGCGGACCGGCGGGGACCGGGGCUUCCUCAAGUACAACGCCAUCCCGCCGCUCCGCAAGUACGUGCUGGUGUUCAAGGGGAAGCGCUAUCUGACGGGCAUCGGCUCGGACACCAGGAAUGCCUUGCACCACGUGCACAACGCCGAGGACGUGGUGCUGCUCACCACCUGCAAGCACGGCAAGGACUGGCAGAAGCACAAGGACGCGCGCUGCGACAAGGACAACGCGGAGUACGACAAGUACGACUACAAGGAGAUGCUCCACAACUCCACCUUCUGUCUGGUGCCCCGCGGCAGACGGCUGGGCUCCUUUCGCUUCCUUGAGGCGCUGCAGGCUGCGUGUGUGCCGGUGAUGCUGAGUAACGGUUGGGAGCUGCCCUUCUCCGAGAUCAUCGACUGGAACACAGCCGCAGUGAUCGGCGACGAGAGGCUCCUGCUGCAGAUCCCGACCACGGUGCGCUCCAUCCACCACGAUAAGAUCCUGUCCCUCAGACAGCAGACCCAGUUCCUCUGGGAGGCCUACUUCUCCUCCGUGGAGAAGAUAGUGCUGACCACGCUUGAGAUCAUCCAGGACCGCGUGUUGGAGCACGGCUCCAGGAGCAGCCUGUUGUGGAACAGCCACCCCGGAGGGCUCUUCGCCCUGGCCAGUACUUACUCCGGAUACCUGGGAGACUUCCCCUUCUACUACGCUACACUGGGUAUCAAACCCUACCCCAAGUUCACAGCGGUCAUCCACGCCGUCUCGCCCCUGGUGUCCCAGUCCCAGCCCAUACUCAAGCUCCUGGUAGCCGUGGCCAAGUCCCAGUACUGUGCACAGAUCAUCGUCCUGUGGAACUGUGACAAGCCUCUGCCGGCCAAGCACCGCUGGCCCGCCACCUCAGUGCCCGUCAUCGUCAUCGAGGGGGAGAAUAAGGUGAUGAGCAGCCGCUUCCUGCCCUACGAGACCAUAGUGACCGACGCUGUCCUCAGCCUGGAUGAAGACACAGUGCUGUCCACCACAGAGGUGGAUUUCGCCUUCACGGUCUGGCAGAGUUUCCCCGAGCGCAUCGUGGGCUACCCCGCCCGCAGCCACUUCUGGGACAGCAACAAGGAGCGCUGGGGCUACACAUCCAAAUGGACUAACGAUUACUCAAUGGUGCUGACCGGGGCCGCCAUCUACCACAGGUACUACCAUCACCUGUACACCAACUACUUACCCACUAGUCUGAAGGGCAUGGUGGACCAGCUGGCCAACUGCGAGGACAUCCUGAUGAACUUUCUGGUCUCCGCUGUCACCAAGCUGCCGCCCAUCAAGGUCACGCAGAAGAAACAGUACAAGGAGACCAUGAUGGGACAGUCUUCGAGAGCUUCUCGCUGGGCCGACCCGGACCACUUUGCCCAGCGGCAAACCUGCAUGAACAAGUUCGCCAGCUGGUUUGGCGCCAUGCCGCUGGUCCACUCCCAGAUGAGACUGGACCCCAUCCUGUUCAAGGACCAGGUCUCCAUUCUCCGCAAGAAAUACAGGGACAUCGAGAGGCUCUGACAGGACCGGCGCCCCCUCGGGGGAGACCCCGCGCAGGGGGAGGCGCGCGAGAGAGACUCUGUGGAGAGCAGGAGGACGAGCAGGAGGGGAUGGAGGGGGAGCGACACAGCUCUGUGUUCCACUCAGCUCAGUGCCAACGACCACAGCGCCGCGACUUGACGGGAUGAAUAGGAAACAAGCAGAUGGCGUUUGGAUAUGAAAAAUGCAAACAGAAACCUGCAAACACAGACAGACAAAGAGGGGGCUACGCGAACUGAUGGACACGCCAAACAGUUGCUGUGUGCUUUGCCAAUGUGCAAACACACAGCACACACUACUGACGACGAGAACUCUUGGAUAGAAUAUUUUUUUGUACCACGCGAACGACGCUGACUUUCCUGCUCUCUCGGCACAUGCGCAGGACGGUAGAAGAGGGAAGGUGUCCACGAUCGCAAACCUGGCAACCCCCCACCCCCCGGCACCCCUCGUCUUAAAUCCUAUUGGGCUCCCCAGUCCGUAUCAGGACCUAAUACCCGACGACCAAAACCCCUGCUUUAUAGCCCAGGAGACCCUGUUCUUUGGUUGAUUUGAUUUCUGUACAAAUCAGCUCUCUGGUGUCACUGUUGACCGCUUGUCCUCUCCGGAAGUCAUCAGUUUAAUAUUUCCGUUCUCAAGGCAGCAGAAGUAAACAGCAGUGUCCAAUCUGUUAUUAUAGUAGCCCGACAUGGUUUUUAUAGCAUAGCAGCCCAUUUUUCUUGAAACUUGGCUAUCAACACGCAUCAUUGAGCCUGAAAACAUCCUGUCUUUUCCUUUCCUCGGCUCCUUCCUUGAUGUGUUUGAAAAAAACAUCUUGUUCCAUAUCCUCCUCUCAUACUCGCCAAGGCAGUUGUACUUUUCUCAUCUUUUUUGUUUGUUCUUUUAUUUACUUUCAUCAUCUUUUAUUUCCCCUUUUAAACUGUAUGUACUGUGUGUGUGUGUGUGUGUGUGUGUGUGUACAGAGCCUUAAAAAGUUGGCUCAUCCAACCAUAAACUCAAGCGCAGUACAUUUCCCUCCGUUGGAAUGAGCGUCAUAAACAUGGAGCAGAACGUUGCAUUCUAACCAAACUCAUUUCUGCCCAUUUAUUUCCUCCUGCAUGGCCGCACAGCCCGAUACUGGCACGGAGGAAAUGGAAGAGAAGUUCUGUCCAUAGCAGGUCUUUAGUGACCAGCGUCAGUUCAGUCGUGCUUGUCCAGAGAUCUUUUUAUUUUAUUUUAUUUUUUUACGCUGAGCGCAUCAGUGCCAUUCUGAGGAUGUGCCUUUUUAAACGUUAAGUUAUUGCACAUCACGUUGCCUCCAUCAGUUUGAGUUGCCUAGAUGCCCCUCCCCCCACCUGCGUUGACAUAUUCUAGUCGUCGGUCCAGUGCGGUUCUCCAGCCACCGCGAUUAUUUAUUUGUUCCCCCCGGUGACACAUCAGAGGAGCUCGGGGGCCGUUAAGAUGACAGAAGGUUUUCUCCCCCAUUCGUCAGGCCGAGAGACAAACAUUCGGGCCUCAAUUCGGUGACUCCAUUUCAUUCGGAGUGCUGUUUUAUUUCCAGGCGACGGGCCCGUUUGAUGGGACACUCGCUUUACGGGCCAUUGUAUUGUGGAGGCAGUGACCCACAAACGCAACCUUCUAGCUCAACGCUGGCCUUGCCCGCCCCCCCUCUGAUUGCCCGUCACUCAAAGUGGCAGCUUACAUUGCCAUCGUGUCCACGUCCAACCAUCCUGACAUUUUGCACCUUAUAUUACUCUUAUUGGUAUCGGACAGCCGGAUCAGAAAAAUAAAUGCUCAAAUGGCUGCCUGUCUCAAACUUGACCUGAUCGGCGUUGGAGCACAGGUUCCCUCAUAGUUCAGUUUGAAGACACUUAAAAGAAGCGCCAUGCUUUUAGUGGCCUUCCUGUCGAGCAGGCAUUCAGCAUAAUGUCUCAGCCACAGCUGUUCAGUGUGUGUGUGUGUGUGUGUAUGUGUGUGUGUGUUGAUCAAUAGCUGUCUCCGUCAUUUGCCAUUGUCAAUAUCAGUGUCACACAUUCAUUUUACAGUUUGAACUUUUUUUUGUCAUUGAUUUGUUCUCAUUUUGUUCCACAAAUAGUUUCUAUAAAAUGUAUUGCAAAGCAUCAUGGUCACCUAGGGGUGCGGUCAUCAUGCUUUGGCGUGUCAUAAUCCAAACGCUACCAAUGCAAAGCUCCUCUGUUUCAGCACAUAUCAAACGCAGCAGUGCGUGUGCGUGGGACCAUGUCCCCCGGCCCUGCAG